UAUGCUAUGGUGGAAACAACUUCUAAGUGUUCAAGAAAACGUCAUGAUGAUACAACAGGAGGAGCAGAAGAGAAAUUAUUUAGACAACGCAACCCUGACACUCUCGCUGCCAACUAGGGAUCCAGUGCUGCAAGAUAAUCUAUUGAUAGCCAAUGUAGACCAAGUCAAAACGUUGCAAGCUUCACUUUUUCCUAUAUGCAACAAAGGCACAUUUAUAUCCAAUUUCCUACAAAAUAACUUAAAGACAAACCAAUUAGAAAUAAACACAGAUAUCAGAACAUUCAGAACCACGGCCAAAUUGAAAGAGCCUCGAGAGCUGUUCGCCCUGCCGAAGGAAUUGGACUGUCCCCAACAGGCGCCCAGGUGGCCUUCCGAAUGUCAAGUAAUAGAGGAAAGGAUACAGCACAUCACAUGGGUGCCGUCAUCCCCGGAACCUUAUUAUGUGCCAAGUGGAAAGGAGCUCAAACCCCAGCCUGUGGGAGAAGAAGCGGGGACUGUGAUCUUUCAAUACUAUCCAAUGAGCGCUGUAAAUUAUUUUAGUCGAUCAACAGUAGGAGGUUCUCGUUUGUAUCUAUCGGCUUGUACGACCGCCGGUGGUAGCGACGAGUUGAGGUUCGAGUCACGCUUCGAAAGUGGAAAUCUAGCCAAAGCAAUCAAAAUAACGUCGGCGUAUUACGAACUUCACCUACGCACAGACCUCUAUACGAACAGACACAUGCAAUGGUUUUAUUUCAGGGUAUCCAACACAAAGAAACAAAUGAUGUACAGAUUCUCAAUAGUUAACUUAUCAAAACCUGAGAGUUUGUAUAACGAAGGUAUGCGCCCCCUACUGUACUCCACGAAAGAUGCUCAAUUACAUUCGAUUGGUUGGAGACGUUGUGGAGAAAAUAUUGCUUACUACAAAAAUGAUUCUUCCCUUACUUUUAGUUCAGAGGAUGAGGAUCAAUUUCCGAGCUACACUUUAACGUUCAAUAUAGAGUUCCCUCACUCCGACGAUUAUGUUUACAUAGCACACUGUUAUCCAUACACUUACUCCGACCUUCAAGAAUAUUUAUCAAGACUGCAAGCGCAUCCCGUGAAGUCGACGUUCUCAAAAUUACGACUUCUAUGCCGAACUUUAGCAGGGAACAAUGUAUACUAUCUUACUAUAACAGCGCCUCAAAAUUCUAACGAACUGGAGCAAAGGAAAAAGAAAGCUGUUAUAGUUUCGGCCAGAGUACAUCCCGGAGAAACGCCAUCGUCGUGGAUGAUGAAAGGAUUUAUAGACUUCUUGACGGGUGAUUCGAACCAAGCUAGAGAAUUAAGGGACAAAUUUAUAUUUAAACUCGUGCCAAUGCUUAAUCCUGAUGGAGUGAUUGUAGGAAAUAAUCGGUGUUCAUUGACCGGAAAGGAUCUCAACAGACAAUAUCGCACAGUGAUAAGAGAAACUUACCCACCAGUGUGGCAUACAAAAGUACUGAUUAGGAGGUUGCAGGAGGAGUGCGGAGUGGCAAUGUAUGUGGAUUUACACGCUCAUUCUAGAAAACAUAACAUUUUUAUAUACGGCUGUGAAAGUAGAAAAAAUACUGAUAAGCGUUUACAAGAACAAGUUUUUCCACUGAUGCUUCACAAAAAUGCUGCGGACAAGUUUUCUUUUGAGAACUGUAAAUUCCGAAUACAACGGAGCAAAGAAGGAACAGCUAGAGUAGUUAUAUGGAUGCUCGGAGUAUCUAAUAGCUAUACAAUGGAAGCUUCGUUCGGGGGCUCAGAAUUGGGUGGCAGAAUGUCCACUCACUUCACGUGUCAGGAUUACGAAAGUAUUGGCAGAACUUUUUGUGAAACCUUACUCGACUUCUACGACGAAGAUCCUAACAAAGAAAGACUCCGAAAUAAAAUCGUUACUAGACUUCUGAAGGAAGGAUCCAAUGCCGACGAACCCACAAAUAUAGAUUUAUCCGAUUACUCCAGUGACGAAGGUGACACAUCAAGCAGUAGCUCUGAAGCUGAGGCGCCUAGAGGAAAUACACUAUUCUCAUACCCAGCACCUCCGCCUACGCCAAAUUACAUGGACGACGAUAAAUCUAUUGAUGAAAAGCCGAAGCCUCAGCGACUAAAAUUAGAAAAAAUAACUAAAUGUGAAAGGAGAAAGGCGAAAAGAGAAACAUUAAAGAUUUCGCGACCUACCAUAGACCUAACGACUGAUGCACCUACUGAUUUGUCUUCUGAAUAUGAGUCACAAGAUGAUAGUCUCAGCCCUCUAAGAAGAGUUAAUAAGCUCUUUUAUUCUUCCGGAAAAUUAAAACAACGGAGAAAAAAGAAAAUGCCGCCGGAACUAAACAUUAUACGCGCUCCAACUGGAGAUAAUGUAAAAUCAGACAAGGACAAAAUAUCAUCAAAGUUUGGAAGACCCAGAAGUGUUUCACUGGUCAACGAAAUUAUAACCAAAACGAAAAUCGAGCCUGCUUCAUGGCACCAAUUUCGCCAUUUACCGCCGCCAAAAUGUCUUACAGACAUUAAAAAGCCUAAAACACAACCUACAGAAUUACAAGUUAAACUAAACUCUUUGAAGAAAAAUAUAUGGACUGGAAUUCCUGAUGGCGAAAAGGGACCAAUUUCCUGGGGCAUAUCCAGUUUCGCUAUGAAUACAUAUUUUACUGACAGUGAAGCUCUAUUGAGGUCAUGUUCAAAAAAAUUGGAGGAAUUGGAGGAAGGAAAAACGUGUAAAGAUGGAGAAAGAAAGAAGAAAAAAUUAAAAUCCAAAAAGGUAUCUGAUAAAACAUUGAAUAAGGAACCAAAAACUGAAACAUGUAAUAAAAUUCCUAAGCUUUCUAAGAAGAGAGGAAAGUUUAAAAGUUUCAAAUCGGAUAGUAUUUUGAACUCGGCCAACACAAAUUUUACGGACAUACCAAAAUCAAAUCAAUAUCAAGGUCAAGAGAAAAAGAUAAAGGCAUUCAAAAAAGGAGCCUUAGUAGCUACAGCUGUCCAAACUAAAAAAUCAACACAGAAUAACAGACAGGCUGACAGUGAUUAUUCUGAUUCAGAUGCAUAUAUGGAAUCAACUAAAAAGUUUAAGAAGAAAACAAAAAAAUCUAGCAAAAGUACAUUAACAAAAACACAAUCAGUGAAGUCAAAAUAG